GAGCUCGAGCUCGAACCAUUUUAAAAUAGACCCGACGUCUCCAGUCGCUGCUUCAGCCCCCAAACAACAACAAGAACCGACCCACAGUCUGCUUCAGCCACAACAACAAAACACAGAAAAGUGAUCCAGAGUCUGCUUCAGCCUGCAGUCCACACAACAGGACGCCAGUAUGAUGCGCAAAGACGUCAACAAGCCGAAGGGGAAGACGUCGGCGUACGCCUUCUUCGUCCAGACGUGUAGAGAAGAACACCGCAAGAAACACCCGGAGCAGUCCGUCAACUUCGCUGAGUUCUCCAAGAAGUGCUCCGAGAGAUGGAAGGGCCUGACUGCUCUGGAUAAGAAGUGUUUCGAGGACAUGGCGAAGGCCGAUAAGGUGCGUUACAACAAUGACAUGAGAGACUACAUCCCACCCAAAGGCUUCGGGAAGAGGGGCCGCAAGAAGAAGGACCCCAACGCCCCCAAGAGACCCCCGUCUGCGUUCUUUGUGUUCUGCAGCGAGUACCGACCCAGUGUGAAGCAGCAGUACCCGGGUCUGUCCAUAGGAGACUGUGCCAAGAGGCUGGGAGAGCUGUGGAGCAAACAGACCCAGACCGACAAAGUGCCCUUUGAGGAGAAGGCCCAGAAGCUACGGGAGAAGUACGACCGGGACAUGGUGGCGUACCGCGGCGGUGGAACAACUUAUGCCAGGAACCCCGGAUCUUCAGCUCAGGGAGGACAGGAAGAGGAGGAUGACGAGGGGGAGGAUGAUGAUGAUGACGACGAUGAUGACGAGUAGAGAGGAAGA